AUGGAUGUGGACGACCAGGAGCUGGCUCGCUUCAUGGAGGCCACCCACGCCUCCUUUGACCAGGCCCAGUUCUUUCUAGAGGCCUCUGGCGGCAACUACGAGCGAGCCCUGUCCAUGUUUCACGAGCAAUCGGCGGGCGGCGCGCAGCGGGCGACCCAUCCCCCAGACGUGCCGCCCCGGCCGCAGGCGCCCGCCGGCAGCACCGGCGUGCGGCGCCGCGGCGCUGCGCCUCCCGCCGGUGGUGCCGCCGUCGACGCCUACAACCCCGGCGGCGGCGCGCUGCCGCCGCCGCUGCAGCUGCUGAACGCGGUGCUGGGGGCGCCGCUGGUGGUGGUGGGCGGCGGGGUGCGGCUCCUGGUGCGCGCGCUGGGCUUUGGGGCGAGGCUGGGGGGCGCAGUGGCGCGCCGCGUGCUGCCGCGGCGGUUGUCUGCCGCCCUGGGGCGCGCCGGCCGGGCGCUGGCCUCGGCGGGCGCAGAGGUGGCGCCGGCCGCCGCCGCCGCCGAGUUUGUGCGGCAGUUUGCAGAGCGGUACGGCGAUGUACGGCCGCGCUGGCAGGAGUGUGGGUGGGGCGAGGCCGCCAGCCGGGCGCACCAGGAGGGCAAGUUCCUACUGGCCUACCUGCACUCCCCGCUGCACCAGGACACCGAUGCGUACUGCCACGACACCCUCUGCGCCCCCGAGCUGGUCGCCUACGUCAACCAACACUUCCUGUGCUGGGGCGGCGACCUGCGCCGCUCCGACGCCUUCAGGCUGGCCUCCAGCCUGCGUGUGGCGGGCUACCCUUACGUCGCGCUGCUGGCCUUCUCGGGGCCCAGGACACGGCUGAUCACGUGCGUGGAGGGCCGCAUGGCGCCAGCUCAGCUGCAGGAGGUGCUGCAGGCGGGCCUGGCCGACCACGGCGCCCUGCUCUGGCAGGAGCAGGCGGAGCGGCAGCAGCGGGAAACCGACCGGCAGCUGCGUGAGGAGCAGGACGCGGAGUACCAGCGCAGCCUGGAAGCUGACCAGCAGCGGGAGGCGGCGCGGGCGGCGGCGGCGCGGGAGGCGGAGGCCGCGGAGGCCGCGGCGCGGCAGGCCGCGGAGCGCGCCAGGGCGGAGGCGGAGGCGGCAGAGGCGCAGCGCGCGGAGGCCGAGGCGGCGCUGCGGCGGCGCAAGAGCGAGAAGCGGCUGGCGCUGCCCGAGGAGCCGGCCGCAGGCACCCCCGGAGCCACCCUCAUCCGUAUCCGCCUGCCCGACGGCUCCAGCCACCAGCGCCGCUUCGUGGCCGCUGACCCGCUGCAGGCCGUGUACGAUUUUGUCGAUUCCAUUGAGGCGGUCAACGCGCUGCAGUACAGCCUGGCCACCACCUUCCCGCGCAGGGCGUACCGCCGAGAGGACAGCGCGGGGAAGAGCCUGCUGGAGCUGGAGCUGGCGCCGCAGGCUGUGCUGCUCAUGCAGCCGGAGGACGACUGA